AACGGCCUACUCGUCGGUCGCCUUUCCGCCGGCGACGACUCCACCGUCCAGAUCUCUGACGCCGUCCCCCUCUCGCACUCCCUCCUCGGCCUCCUCCCCUCCCUCGAACUCGCCCUCCACUUGGUUGAGGAGCAUUUUGGGGCGGAGGGUUUGAGUGUGGUGGGGUAUUACCAUGCGAAUGAGAGGGCUAAUGACUUGGAGCUGAAGAGCGUGGCGAAGAACAUCGGGGAUCAUGUGUUUCGUUGCUUCCCUCGAGCCGCUGUGCUUCUGCUGGAUGUGGAGAAGAUGAAGGAGCUGCCAAAAGGAAAGGGGCGAGAUCCUGUAGUACAGCUUUACUCGAGGGAUUCAUCAAAAGGUUGGCGUCAGUCAGGAUCAGAUGGAACGAGCCAGUUGACCUUGAAGGAGCCCUCAGCCAAUGCAGUACUUUUGGACUACAUCGCCUCCGAGAAGUGGCAAGAAGUAGUUGAUUUUGAUGAUCAUCUUGAUGACAUUAGCAAGGAUUGGUUGAAUCCUGAUCUCUUCAAGUAGGCCUUUCGGUAGUUUGUUCCUUAUUGUCAGAAUUUUUUUUAAAAAAUUGUAUGUUUGCAAAUUGCAGAUAAUUUACUCCAGCUACUUUUUUGUGACGGAAAAUUGACUGCUACUGUUGAACUUGAUAAGGGUUUACUUCAUGAGUAUUUAAAAUAGGAAAGUGUAACAGUGAUACAAGAAUAAGAGUAAACUUAUUUUUUUUUCUCUAGUUGAUGAAUGAUCAUUAUGUUCAUUUCGGGGGUA